UGAAUGAGAGGCGUGGCCCAUACGACGCGCGUCACUGUGGUUGAAUAAAGCACGAUCGGACUAUACAUCUCCAGCACUUUUGAGCAGCCAGGCGGACAGACGCAGGAACAGCGAUAGGUGAUGAAUAACUAAACAGCGAAAGGUUGACACUGUGCAGCGGCGCGUUGAAGGUGAAAACCGGUGAGUUGCAUAAUCAUACUGAGACUGAAAGAUUAAAAACUACGAGAAGACGAAGAAGAAAAAGACAUCUGUGCUGCUCUUCCCUCCUGUCCAUGAUAUGAUGCGGGACUCUGUCUUCAACUGCUGCGUUUCCCCAGGCCAUCCCCCUGGAGGAGUGGAGGAGCACCACCAACAUAGAAGCAGAGCUCACACUCCGCCGCCUAAUGAUAGGCGUUUCCUUAUAUUCUUUGACUUUGAUGAGACCCUGGUGGAUGAGUGCACUGACGACUCUAUAGUGACUGUGGCGCCAGGUGGAGUCCUGCCCGGCUGGCUGAAGGACACUUACCGUCCUGGCCACUACAAUGAGUACAUGCAGCGUGUGCUGGCCUACCUCGCCGAACAGGGCAUCACCCCGGCAGCUAUUCGAGACACAGUGGUAAAGCUCCCUCCUUGCCCAGGCAUCCCCACUUUGAUGCAAUUCCUGCUUUCCCAGCCAUCAAGAGACUUUGAAGUGGUUUGCGUGUCUGAUGCCAAUACUGUCUUCAUCGAGACGUGGCUGCAGCACCUAGGCUUCCGCCCACUGUUUCUGCGUAUUUUCACCAACCCGGCUCACUUUGAUGAUAAUGGGCAGCUUCAGCUUCGGCCCUUCCACUCCCAUGAGUGCCUGCGGUGCCCAGCAAACAUGUGCAAAGCGGUGGUGGUAAGGCAGUACGUGGCCCAGCGCAUACGUGAGAGAGGCGGGCGGCCCUUUCAGAAGGUUCUGUAUGUGGGCGAUGGGGCCAAUGACUUUUGCCCAUCACUCACUCUGUCACCGGGUGAUAUAGCAUUCCCACGCCGGGACUUCCCAAUGCAUAAACUGAUUCAAGAGAUGGAGGAAGCCAAACCUGGAGAGUUCAAGGCAAGUGUGGUGCCCUGGAACAGUGGAGAGGAUGUCAUCAACACCCUGAGGAAGAUAAUAGAGAGGCCCUAAAUAUAUAACCUACACCUAAACAAGGCCCUCAAUAUGUUCACAGAUUUCUUGUUACAUUCCAAACUCUAAUAUCACCUUAGUUCUGUUGAUUGAAACUGCCAUAUUCAGACACAUAACAAUGACUCCAUUGUUAACAACAAAAUGAGUUCAGGAUCUUUUAAUAACAUCCACAGCUAAUGACUGUGUGCAGUUCAAAUGACACUCCAAUAAACUGUACUUUGAAAAUGUCAAGCCAUCUAAAAGCUUUACACACACUUACAGUAUAUUUAGAUUUACAGAUAUGAGCAUGAAUAUAUGCGUGUGACUAUCUCUUAGACUUUUUCCUGAUUGCAUUAGCAUGAAUACUGGCCAGUAGAAUAUCUCCUUAAAUUAGUUAGUAUUUGCCACUGAAAUAUUGUAUGUAUUAGAUGAUAUGUAUUUUAUUAGUAAACUUGAACCCAUCCUCUGCUUGGGAGUGCUCAGUAGUUGUUUUAAUCUGUGUUUGGUUGUGUGUUUGUCAGACUAUGGAUCUGAUAUAAAUUAACCUCAUCAGCAAAGUAUUUUACUCAAAUCUGUGUCUUGUAUGUUUUGACCCCUCACCCCAACACCUGUCAUGUGUCUUCUUACAUGGGUUUAAGGAUAUAUAUGAACACAAUGAAAUCAAAUUCCAGAAUCCACUCAAGUCUUGUUGUCUUGUCUAGCACUUUUCACAAUACAUCUUGGGUUUUUUUAAAACCAGAAUCUGAGUAAAUUACACUAAAAAGUUUGGAAAAAAAUAUAGGUUUAAUUGCUAUGAACAGAUAGUUGCAUCUUUAUGUUGGUCACAAUUUCUCCAGUGUGAACAUUCUUAAGCAUUACCUGUUAUCGUAGAGGACUGCAUACCUUCAGGAGAAAUUGACUAUAUGUCUAGCACUAUCUUUACUAUUUUAGUUGUAGUGAAUUCCUGUAUGUUGGUAGUUGUAUGUAAUAGGUUGACUGUUUUAGCCAUUUUCUUUAUAUUAAAUCAGAAUGCUUACACUCUUC